AUGGAAGCUGAAAAUGCAACAAAAGUUUCAGAAUUUCUCCUUCUGGGAGUUUCAGAGAAGCCCAGCUUGCAACCCUUCCUUUUUGGCAUUUUCCUGUUCAUGUACCUGGUCACUGUGUUUGGGAACCUGCUCAUCAUCCUAGCCACAAUCUCAGAUUCUCGUCUGCACACCCCCAUGUACUUCUUCCUCUCCAACUUGUCUUUUGUUGACAUCUGUUUCACUUCUACCACAAUCCCAAAGAUGCUGGUGAACAUUCAGACACACAACAAGGGCAUAACCUAUAAAGGCUGCAUCAUACAGAUAUACUUUUUCAUACUCUUUGGAGUUUUGGACAACUUUCUCCUGACUGCAAUGGCUUAUGACCGCUUUGUGGCCAUCUGUCACCCCUUGCAUUACACAGUCAUCAUGAAUCACAAGUUCUGUGGAUUGCUGGUCUUGGUGUCCUGGAUCACAAGUGCCCUGAAUUCCUUGUUACAAAGCUUAAUGGUGCUACGGCUGUCCUUCUGCACAGAACUGAAAAUCCCACACUUUUUCUGUGAAAUUAAUCAGGUGGUCCUUCUUGCCUGUUCUGACACUUUUGCUAAUGACAUGGUAAUGUUUUUUGCAGCAGGGCUGCUGUUCUGUGGACCGCUAGCUGGUAUUCUUUACUCUUACUCCAAGAUAGUUUCCUCCAUACGUGCAAUCUCAUCAGCCCAGGGGAAGUACAAAGCAUUUUCUACCUGUGCAUCUCAUCUGUCUGUUGUCUGUUUAUUUUACUGUACAUGCCUAGGAGUGUACUUUAGUUCAUCUGCUACACACAACUCACACUCCAGUGCAACAGCCUCUGUGAUGUACAGCGUGGUCACACCCAUGCUGAAUCCCUUUAUCUAUAGUCUGAGGAACAAGGACCUAAUGGGAGCCCUGAGAAAACUCUUCAGAGGGAAGCCAUAA